CCCGCUCGCGGCCGAGGACGCAGCGGGGCAGCUGCUGGACGUCGGACUCCCGAGCCACGACAGUCCAGAGCUGCCUCGGAAGGCCCAGCAAUGCAAUGUCAACGCGGGCAGCUUCCGCGACCUCGAGUCAGCGUUCGAUCGUUGCCCCGCCCAAGCUGGCCCUGCUGACAAGGAGCGCCCGCCCCCCGACAACAGGGAGAGGCGCCUGCGGGAAGUCACCGCAGUUGGGCACAUCGCACCGAUGGCAGACCUCGACAGCGCGCCUCGCAAAGCUCACGCCGCCGGGCGCCCGCCGCGCGCCGAGCGCGCUAAGGGAAACCCGACGCAGAAGCAG